GGAUCCAAGAUUUCCUCUCCGAUGGCGCAGGCCGACGGCAAUCUUGCCGCUCCGCUCGUUCUCUGCGAUCAGGUAAGCCAGGAAUCACCCGGGGAUCGAAGCUCCGAGGCGAAUCGGUCGUCUUCUCCCGGUGAUUAUCGGCAGAGGUUCCCCAAUUCCGAUGAGGAGAUACAGCAAUUCAAGGCGAGCUUGUUCUGGCUGGGACUGGAUCAAUCCACGGCUCCGCGGAUGAUCUGCUCCUGGGUUCUCUUCUUCCUCAUGACACUGCUCGUGCCGCUGCUCAAUGCGCUUCUGGUUUAUUGCCGCCACUGUGACGAAGACCACAAGCACCCGUAUCAGGGAAUAGUGGAGAUUUCGGAAUCAGCGCUCGCGAUGGUCUCGUUCCUUUGCGUGUCUCACAUCUUCUCGGUUUAUGGGCUUCACAAGCUUCUUCUCUUCGACUAUAUCGCGAGAGACUCCACCGAAGUACAAGUGGGCUACAAAAAAGAGCUCCAUAGCGCCUUUCGUGUUCUAGCAAUGAUCCUCUUCCCGAGUUUUCUAGUGGCACUCGUCCACAAACUUUGGUGGUUUUAUUACGUGUCGGUGAACCUUCCACGGGUCUCCGAGAGCUCGCUGAUAAAUGCGGUAAUGUGCGUAUCAGUGAUGGCAGCAUGGCUCUACAAGACAACGAUCUUUCUUUUCGUCUGCGUCCUGUUCCGGUUACUAUGCUCGCUCCAGAUCCUUCGCCUCCAGAGCUACAACAAGCUUCUUGAGGAGACGCCGGACGUCUCCGUUAUUCUUUCGGAACACAUGAGAAUUCGAGACCAGCUCCUUAUAAUCAGCCAUCGGUUCCGGGUUUUCAUGGUAUCCUCUUUACUGACCAUCACUUUCAGCCAAUUCGUUUCGCUAUUUAUGCUCACCACCUCUCGCGGUUCUGUUAAUUUCUUCAGAGCUGGCGACUUAGCGGUUUGCUCAGCAGUACAGCUUACUGGAUUUGUUGUCUGCCUGAAUGGAGCCGCAAGGAUAACUCACAGAGCUCAGAGGAUAGUUGCUAUAGUCAGUCAGUGGCACGCAGUAGCAACUUGCGGAACGUACGCAGUGGCCAUGCCUUCGUGCGACGCGGACAAGGCCACCGAGCCAGUUGCGAGUGCAGUGGUCGGGCCUGCGCAUCCCUUUCUCGCGCGCCUGGAGGCAACGAUAGAUAUAUGUUCUACGCCCAAGGAACCAUCAAAGUAUGAUAUUGACUCGUUCCAGAAGCGUCAGGCACUAGUAACGUACCUCCAACAUUGCAAUGCGGGAAUCUCUCUUUAUGGAUUCGUCCUGGAUCGAGGAUUCCUGUAUGCGAUAUUUGGAUUUGAGCUGUCACUCGUACUGUUCAUACUAGGCAACACGAUGGGGUUCCACUAAAGCGACCCAUGUACAGCCGU